AUGGACUGUUUUUCGAGUGAGGAAAGACGUAGAAAUGAUUUCUUUUUAAAAAUUAUCCAGCAACAUGGUAGCGAGAGCAAAAAUAUCCACAGAAUCCUUCUCAUUGGUACUGGGGAAUCCGGCAAGUCGACGUUCGUGAAACAAAUGAAACUUUUAAGUUCACCCAACGGGACGUUUCCGGAGUCAUAUCGCAGCAAAUUUAUCACUGAAAUCCAACGGAAUAUUGUCCAGGCACUGGCGAAUAUUUGCUCCUUCAUGAUAAUCGAGGCUAUACCGUUUGAGAACAGGAAGUCGAUCGCUAUGGCGGAACUGCAAAAACGCAUUAUUGAAAUUUACGAGGAGAUAAGAAUUAAGCCGGAGUCGAUCGCAAACUACACACAAGACGCUGAUGCCACAAAGCGUUCUGCGUUUUUUGACAUGUGCAAUGCACUGUGGGAGGACAGGGCAGUCAAGGCCACGCAAGACAGAGGCAAUGAAUUCCAGCAGAUCGACAGCGCCGCGUAUUUCCUAGAAAAGCUAAACGAAAUACGCAAUCCCGAGUACAGUCCCAGCGACAAGGAUGUGCUCCAGUGUCGAACUAAGACGCUAGGCAUCCACACUGAGACCAUCUUCUACCACGGAAUUCCGUUUGAGCUGGUCGAUGUAGGUGGACAGCGAGAGCAGCGAGCUAAGUGGAUUGAGGCGGUGACCGACGGGGUGACAGCUGUCAUCUUCCUCACUGACGCCUCUGCUUAUGACACAAUGCUGGAAGAGGACCACAGCGUCAAUCGAUUGCGGGAGUCCUACCAACUCCUCGGACAGGUGUGGAACAAGAGUCUGUUCAAGGACAAGUCUUUCAUCCUCUUCCUGAACAAACAAGAUAAACUAGCAAGCAAAGUACGCUCCCAGAGGACCCCGAUUAUUGACUUUUUCCCCGAGUAUGAGUUGGGAAAGUUCAAGUUUACCAUCACCUUCCUAAGUGACAUGCUGACGCAGAAGAAGAGGAAGAAGAGUGAUGCGGAGGUCUGGAAAAAGCACUUUUCGUACUUCCUUCCUGCUGCUUCAAAGGCGUCUGCGGGCAGUUCGAGUGGAGCCAUGACACUUGAUGAGAUUAUCAUGGAGGAAUACAACCAGGUCCAGAGUAUGAUUAACAAGGCCGUCCAUGAUGGUAGGUUGGCGGCAUGGCCAUUGACGGGGGAUGUAAAAGAUGGAGCUAUAACAACGUUAAUGGAAGAUGAGGGCUUUGUUGCGCUAUUUAAUCGAUUAAUGGACGUGGCGCUCUAUCGAACCGUCACGGUGACGCAUUUCAUCAAGACUCUCUUCCUGGCCGAGUGUGAACAAACCAAGGAACGCCGCGUCUACCCCUACCCCACAACUGCGAUCGAUAAAAGAAACGUGAUCCGAGUGUUCGACUCCUGCAAGGAGAUAUUGCAAGGCAAGGCUUUCACUGAAAUGAUAAUAUGA